GCAGCCGCCACUGUAGCAGCAGCAACAACAACUGCAGCAACAACGCGCAGGAUACGACACCAGAAGCGUCGCUCGUCGCAACGACGGCGGAGCAACAACAACGCAGUGCUGCCCUCUGGGAUUGGGACUGGGAUUGGGAUCGGGCUCGGGAUUGGACUGGAAACCGAUUCGGCUCUGGCCCUGCCAGUAGCAACCUCAACAUCGGGCUCCACAGCAGCGGAUCAUCAUCAGACAACAGUAGCAGCAGCAUCAGUAGAAGUUGCCACUACAACAGCAACAGUAUCGGCAGCAGCAGCAGCAGCAGCAGCAACACCAGCAACAGCAGCAGCAACAACCAAACUUUUGCCAACCGAGCCGGAACAUUCUGUACCCAUGCUAUCGGUACAGACGGCCGGCUGCGCGGGAAUGGAGCGGCUCGGCGUUCCGACCCGCACAUCGUUAAGUACACCACCUGAUGAUAGGGAUCAAUUUAGACGUAGAAUGCGCGUCGAUGCGCUCCAGGCACGUGAGCUCCUGGCUGUACGUGGCGAGACUGUGAUUCGUGGCACCGGCAAUAACCAACUCCAGCAUCAGCAACAACACCAUCUCCAUCACAGCAACAUCAACAUCAGCAGCAGCAGCAGCGGCAACAAUAAGCAACAACAUUCCCACCAACAGCAACAACGCAUGACAACUCCAAGCACGCACAGCUCCGGCGGCAGUGGCAGCGGCGGCAGCAGAGGUGCCAGUGACCACCACCAGCAACUGAACAACAAUAGUAUUAGCAGCAAUGUGGCGCGCGGUGGCAUCGAGGCCACCACCCUUAAAUACGGCAACACGGGCAGCGGGAGCGGGAGUGGGAGUGGCUGUUACAAGGGCGACUGCGGCAACUCCUCGACCGGAUCCACAUGCAGCUCGCUGCAGAGUCACAGCAACGACCACCAUCAACAUUACCAGUACCAGCUGCAACAGCAGCAAACGCCCCGCUGCCCCCACCAUGUACCACUGCCGGACAGCGAGUACGGACAGGAUCGGCACCUGCAGAUCAGGAGUAGCUAUCAGCAAUCGGAGAUCACCAGGUCGUACACGAAACCGCCGCCCAACAAGACGGUGCGGGAUGUGCCCGAGCAGAUCUCAGCGGGCGGCUGCGGGGUCCCCAGCUCCAGCUACCGUCUAACCACGCUCCAGGCCGCCUCCUCAACGUACUCGCCCUCUGGUGCGGCGGUGACCGCCUCCUCGUCGUCCAGCAAGUCCAAGCCCAACGCCAUAUCCAAAUUCUUCUCGCGCAUCAGCUCACCAAAGUCGCCGCCCAACUGUUCGCUAUCCUCGGUGGCGUCCUCUCAGUCAGCCUCAGCCUCCUCCGUGUCCAUGUCGUCGUCCGCCUCUUCGCUGGCCUCCUCGGCCGGCGUUUCGACCUCCUCAUCGGCCUCGUCCCUGGCGGCCGUGCCGCUGUGCCCACUGCCCGUGUCCAAUGCCGCGCUGCUGAAGAGCACGGCGUGCGGUUAUGGCACCAACCCGAGUGGAGCGCAUAUCUACGCGGGCCUGGGACCCAGCACACAGCUGCUAACCAGCUUGGGAACGGGCGGAGCGACGGCGGGAGCGAUGUCAAGCGGAAACUGCAGCCCGGAAAGAAUACCCACGCCCCCGCUGUCCGUAUCCGUGCCGAUUGGAGCUGGCCUACAGCCGCUGAGGAGCAGCAGCAGCGCCAGCCUACCCGCCGAGACAUCUGCGACCGCAGCCACAUCCACAUCCACACAGUCUUCCUCAGCAGAUGCCCCGCUGACCACGAUGAGCCGCAAUAAUUCCAACUCUAGCAUGAUGAGCUGCCACUGCAGCUGCAAUAGCCGGAAUUGCAGUCACUGUGGAGCCACCUCAUAACUGAGCUCGUGUUAAGUUUAACUAAAUAACUAUGUACAUCGGAGGCAUCGCAGAAAUCGCCAGGGAUUAAAAGUUUUGUUUUAAAUGAGGGUUAUAAGAAUGGAAAUUUUAGGCCCAAAGCCGCAAUCACAGAAGGGAACCUUUGUUACCAUUUAAGUAAUUUUAAAAUAUUGACUUUUGAUCCGCGAAUUUUGUGAUUGGCCACUGAUAUGUAAUACAUAUAGAAACACAUAUAUUUUUUUUAUGUUAGCCUAUGUUUAUCUAUUAUGUUAAAGUUUAACAGAUUUAUUUUGUGUAGGUCUGUCGCCAACUUUUGCGCUGGUACGAAAAGACUGUUUAUUAGUCAGAAUUUAAUUUGUAAAUUUGAAUUAAAAGAAGGAAAAGGAGAAGGAAAGCUAGAGAAUGUAAAGGAAAUUAAGGACGAGAAGACAUAGCUGCGCUGCCGCCUUUUAGCACUCAACACAGACCAUAGAAACAAUAGCGUUUUUGAACUUUAAAAUAGCGACUAAAGAAGCAUAAGUGAAUAUGUAAUUGUAGUUUUAUGAAUGAAUAUUGUAUACACUUUAGUUUGAAUAACUCUAGUUUUUAAAGCAGCCAACUCUUAACUAUAAUCUAUCCCGCUCCCCAUCCCUGACCCCUAUAACUAUUAUUAUUAUUAUAUUAUUAUUAUUAUUAUUAUUGUAUGCAUGGCCCCGUGCUGGUACACACGAAACACACACAGAAACCAUUUUUAGUUCAAUUGAAAUUUGUAUUUGUAUAUUUGCUAACGGAAUUACACUGUAAAAAAAACAACAAUGAAAUGAAAUCUAUGUAAACCAAA